AUGGAUUUUUUGGUGGUUCGUAAAAGUUUAGAGAGUGUCGUCCCGUCUCUGAUUUCCAUAUUCAUCAUAGGCCUGCUUCUAGGACCGAUGUACCCGAUUGCGAUGAAUCAUACUUCACGCGUCCUUCCUCGAUGGAUUUUGACUGGCUCAACAGGUUGGAUAGCGGAAUUUGUGCGGUACUUCCAUUCAUGA